ACAGAGUUUAUUUUCCCGUUAACAAGGUCUUUACCCAAUUAAUGCAAGUGCCAACAGCUUUGGGAAGUACCCAAGUUUACCUCCAGAGGUGGAAGCAGUUGAAGCUGGAAGUAUAAUUACUAUUAAUCGACCGUUGCGUUCUCCACUCCUGUUCCAACUUUCAGUUGCCCAGUAAAGAUGAUGGACCUUGGACCCGGCUCGGGCAACACAAUGUUGUCUGGACUUCGUCUCAACUUCGAGGGGUUUGAUGAUGAUGUCUCGAAGGAGAGCCAUGAUUUAACAGUAGAUGCCUCUUUCUCUAAUCCCGAUAGUUCUUUCAUCUCGUCACAUAGCCAGGGACUGGGAGAUUUGGCACAAGUCACACAGAUAACUAGUAACGAAGCGGAUGGAACUGCACCUUUGGAGAGUGUGAAGAAGAAGGGAGGAUGGCCGAAGGGUAAGAAGAGGAAGCGAGUACGGGACACCAACGCACCAAAGCCACCUCUGACAGGUUACGUACGGUUUCUGAACGAGCGACGCGAGACGUUAAGAAAAGAAAAUCCGAGUACAACUUUCACAGACCUGCUGCGACUAUUAGGUGCUGAGUGGUCCAAACUUCCUCAACAUGAUAAACAGAGGUACCUAGACGAGGCUGAAAAGGACAAGGAGCGGUACAUGAAGGAGAUGGAGAGCUACCAAAAAACAGAAGCGUAUAAAUUGUUUCGCGAGAAAAAAAUGAAAGAAUCAUCUGGAUUCAAUAGUUCCACCCUUGAUAAUCUACACGGAGAUGAGGAACACUCGGGGACAUUUGAUAUUCCUGUCUUUACAGAGGAGUUCCUUGACCACAACAAAGCACGGGAGUCGGAGCUUCGACAGCUAAGGAAACAGACAACAGAGCUGGAGGAGCAGAACGCCAUCCUCAGUAAACACAUAGACAACAUGAAACAGGCUAUAGACAAACUGGAGGUAGAGUCGGUACAGCAGCGGAGCUCCAACAUGGCACUGCAGGGUCACCUGGACGCUCUGAGGGCCUCUCUCACCUCACACUUCUCGGCUAUCCCACUACCAGGUACUGGUGAACUUCCCACUAUUGACACUAUUGAUGCGUAUAUGGCUAAACUACACAGCCUCAUUCUGGAGUCUCCACAGGACCACGAAUCACUCAUAGCAACUGUUCGGGAUAUUCUUGGGCGACUGAACAUUGAAGGAGAUAAAUUAUGAAGGAUGGCUUAGAAACUCUUGGAUUACGUCAUCAGCUUUAACCACGGGAACUCGUCAAUGUUGUAAACUGAUAACUGUAUAGCACCGCUGAGCAAAAUACUGGGCUGCUUUUGGUAUCACGUUCCAAAUGGUUGGACCAGAGUUGUUCAUUUAUGAAGAAGGGCGGACCUCUUGAUUUGAUGUUGUUUUCUGGUGAGCCUUGGUAAAGACUUACAAGGCCUGUAUUUACAUUUACAGAUCCGUCAGGCUUUUCCCCGUGAAUAUUAUAUUUUAUAAUAGACAAAUCAGUGUGUUCAGGAUGAACAGACCCCCGUUUUAUUAGUGACUCACUUGGUUACUCUCUGUGAGAGUGAAGUGGGUCAAUAAGAAAGUUUUAGCGGUUCCAUUGAGACAGUGGAGUGACAUCACAGACAGCCAAACCAUCUUCCAUUUUGACCCUAGAUUUGAUGAUAAGUACUGGCAAUAUUAAGUUAUUUAUAUGAUCAAGCAUUUUUAAGGAUCCUGGGUGCAAUAACUUUGCAAUUUAAUGUAAUGGAUAAUUCAUAUUAUUCAAAAAUAUCAAUUAACUUAGAAAUAUUGGGGUUAUAUUUGAGUAUUAUGAAUCCCCAUCCAUGAUGUUUGUGGCUGAGUGCAAGACUAUUGUGUGUUGCUGGACAUACCUAAUUGAUCGGUCAGUCAACAAACAGGUCAAUUAAUACUGACCAUUUGAUUGGUCAGUCAGCAAACAGGUAAUACUGACCGUCUAUCAUUCUGUUAUGGGUCAAUGACUACUACACCUGAAGGUAUAGCGGUGUACAGGGACUGAGUGCUUGUAGUAACGGUGUAAAUUUGUGUAACCCAUGGUUACAGGCUAGUAGUAUCCCCAUCACACAUGUGUCCAUUAUUUAUUUUCUGACUAUUAAUAAAUCAACAGAAUACAAAAAA